GACAGGAUAAUACGCAUACGGAGUACAACUCCUAGCAGUAUCUUUUUUGGCUGGAAAAUUUGUAUGAGCAAUUCCGUAUGUAUAUUUAUACCAACGUUUUCUAAAUGUAAUAUUUAACCUUUUGUUUCGAACCAAAGGCGGGAGCGUCGUGAUGCCGGUAGCAGCGGUAAUUCCUCCAUGACCUCGUCCGCCAGCUCCACAGUUAUUUGCUGCUUCGGCUUCCAUAUCUUCAGCUCCACCGGCAGCCAUAUUCCCCGCAGUAGACAAAUCCGGUACUUUAUUCUGUAUGUCAGCCAUAUCAGAAACAAUAUCAAACAAAUCCCCAAAAAGUUUUGCUAAUAUCUAGUAGUGCAUGGACUUCCAUACGCAGUCUGUUAUCUUUUAAUACAUGGUGGAGCACACUCAGUCCCAGGCUGAGAGUAUCUUGGGUUGCCCUUGUAGCGAACUGAGGGAACAAAACAAUUGGGUAACCCCCAACUGUCCUGUUCAUAAGUAGCAACACCAUCAUCCAUUCAUCUGACUUUUCUACGUACACCCUGUAAAAGCCAGAGAAAUUCAUUGAUUUGUUUGUUUCAUAAUGUUAAAAAAGUUUAUUAAAAAAGUAGUACAAAUUAAUGUUUUUGUCCAAAGUUAUGGAUCCUUACGACAACCCAGUACCUUGAACUUAUCAUUCCUGGGACGAUCCUGCUUGGAAUACCCUCCACAAAGAGACACUCGCAGCUAUGGAUUCGUUCAUCGAAGAACCAAACAGAGAAGAAACUAAUUUACUUAUCCAUUCACCUCAAUAUCCAAUCACGGAUUCUGAAUUAUUGGGGAUAUUGUCGAAAAAUGUAAUGGAAGAAUUGGAGACCGAUAACUCUGAUCCCGAAUUUUUCGAAAUUAAUGAAAAUGCACAAGAAGACUAUGUUACGCCUGAUGAAGCACGGAUUCCCGGAAACCCGACAACUAACAUAACCUAAUUCCCAUUCCUAAUGACCCCCGGACUAAAAAAAGAUGUUGGUGAUGGGCCUAUUAAUUUUUCGACGCAUUGUGCUCUUCCAAUCUGCUGGAAUUACUUAAAGACUGCUCCAAUGAAUAUAGAGAAAUAGAAAAAAACUUCUACCAAGGCCACAAAAAGCAGCAAAAAAUCUUGGAAGCCUGUAACCUGUAAAGAAAUGAAAUUGUCUUUCGGUUUCUAAUCUCAUAUGGUAAAGAUAAAUCGCUUGAAUGACUAUUGGAAAAACGAUGCGUAUUUUGAUCAACCUAUAUUUGGAAGGGCAAUGUCAUGGAAUCGAUUUAUUUUAAUUUUGAGAAUGUUAUGUGUGUAUGUAGGACAAGUGACGUGUAGUUAUAAUAAGGUUAAAAAUAUAAUCGAUUACUUUAAUGAGAAAAUAUUAUCUCUAUAUAAUCCAACAAAAAAAUUACCAUUGACGAAUCAAUGAUGUUAUGGCGGGGACGAUUAUCAUUUACGCCCGAAAUUAAUAUUCGAUCUUAAUCUAUUUUUAGCAAUCCAAGAUUGAUAAUUCAAUCCAUUUUAUGGUUAGACAGUGCCAAUAACCAAUCCAGAGAUUAAAAUUACUAUCAGUAGAAUCAAGCUAUCCUUGGGAGGUCGGAUUACAGAAAAAGAUACACCUCUGUGGGUAAAUGACAGUUUGUGUGUAUCAAUAACCUAUCUGUCAAAUUUGACGUUUGGUUCGAUCGGUGCAAACAAUCCAAAUUCGCAAUCCGAGAAAAGCCUAGGAUUAAUCCUUCUAGUUCAAAACUCUUACGUGUUUUCUUUUAUUUUAUUUGCGCCAAAAUGGAUUUAAUGUUAUUAUCUAGUGACAGUGACAGUGAUUUGGAAAUGCUAGCUCAAUUAUCCGACUGUAGUGAUGAAGAUGAAACCCAACGCCGCUCUCCAAAGAGAAUCAGAAGAGUGAAUUAUACGCAAAGUCUCGAUGACGGUGAUUUUACCUUUAGGUUUCGAUUGAACAAACAUGCGUUCAAUUCUUUAUUGUUAGAAAUAACCCCGUUAUUACGCGUAACUUCCACGAGAAAUUAUGGCGUAUCACCAUUGCAUCAACUUUUGUUGACUCUACGGUUUUAUGCACUAGGCACAAUGUUGAUAUCCGUAGCAGAUUUUGUUGGAGUUUCAAAAUCUACAGCAGGCAGAAUAGUGCGAGACACAUCAUUAGCAAUUGCCCAAUUAUAUGAUAAAUAUAUUUAUGUUCACCAAAGGAGUGCAGACAAAUUCUAUAGAAUUGCUGGAUUUCCUCGUGUGCUUGGGGCAAUUGAUGGCACACAUAUCCGCAUACAGUCUCCUUGCCAUUUAACAGGUGAAGAAUACAGAAAUCGCAAGGGUUACUUUUCUAUAAAUGUUCAAGGGGUUUGUGAUGCAGAUUUGAAAUUUAUAAAUGUUGUGGCUCGUUGGCCUGGUUCUACGCAUGAUGCAACAAUAUUUAAUAACUCUGUUCUGAGAGCUGAAUGUGAUGCAGGCCAAUUUGGAAAUCGCUGGUUACUUGGAGAUAGUGCUUAUCCUAACAGGCCAUAUUUAUUAACACCUAUUCUAAAUCCAGUUUCUGAAGCUGAACAUAGGUACAAUGAAGCACACAUUAAAACUAGAAAUACCAUUGAACGAGCAUUUGGAGUAUGGAAACGUAGGUUCCCUGUUGUAGCACUUACACUACGUUUGUCAAUACCAAAUAUGCAGGCAGUAAUAAUAGCAACAACAGUCCUACAUAAUAUUUGCAGAAAUCACAAUCUCACAGAAAUCCCCUCUGAAGUAGAACUACCGUCUAUUGACAACAGUACAAUGCCUCAUAAUGUUAUUGACGAUAUUCCUACAAUGCACCGGACUGAUAUAAUAAAUAACUAUUUUAGGACAUUGUAGAAAAGAUUACACUCAUUGGAGAAUGUCUUAACUAGCGUUACAGGUUGAAAAUUGUAUGUAGAAUAAGUUGUUAAUAUUUUAUUAAAUAGUUUUAAAUUUUAAACUGUUCUGAGAUUUGGGUGCAAAUAAUAUGUAUUCAAAUUGCAAUAUAUAUUAUCAAAGCCUCAGCUGAAUGUGAUGCAGGCAUACACUGAUGUUAAAGGUUGAAGAUUGUAAGAAUAAGUUAGAAAAUAAAUUGUUAUAGUUUGUAAAUUUAAUGGUAAAAACAAAAUAAAUAUUCAAUAAAAAUAUUCUUAUCUUAAAUUACUAUAUUACUGAGACAUUCAUAAAAAGGAAAUUAAACCUUAACUAUGUAUCUACCUUUUAUACAUUUAAUAAAUACAUAUUUCAUUAGUUUAAAUGAUUUUCAAAUACAAAUUAUAUAUAACUGAUAACAUUACAAAUCAUGAAAGACAUACUAAGCUUAAAUUAAUUAACAACUACUUACACACAAUUAUUGUCUAUUAUAUAUCAAAAUAAUAAUUUUUUAAAACUUAGUAUUAGACCAAUAACUAUUUCUUAAAAUUUUCUAUUUCUAAUAAAAGUUUUUCAUUUUCU